UUUGCUCUUCCUCACUUUCUCCGCCUUUCUACCUGUCCAUGGCUUCCCCUUCCAGUGCACUUUCCUUCUAGGGUUUUUAGCAGAACGACUUUGAGCUUGAGCUUUACAGUGAAGCUCAAUCUCUCACCGUAACUGAUUCUCCUGCUUCGUUUGAAUAAUCUCAACAAUCGUAUCUCAGUUCAUCACAGACAUCUUACAUUGUCGUUCUAACUCUUUUUUGAGUUGCUGUUCAGAAUUUAUCUGAUUAGUCAUCAAGGUUAUACAAUUCAAUGGCAUUGGGAGAUUUGACGAUUUCUCAGUUAUCAGCUGUUGCGGAGGAGUCUGCGGAUCAUGAAGAUGGCGAUAGGAACAAUGAUGGUAGCUUUGAUGUUGUUUCUGCUGAAAAUGAGAUGACGAUGACGACGACAGCGACAAGUAUGGCUUAUGUACCGCAAUUUAUAUGGUUUCGUGAGCUUCGUCAUGAUGAGUUUGAGGCGUAUGUUCCUACUGCACCGGCUAAUACUGGUUUGGUCUCUAAGUGGCGGAUUAAGGACCGGAUGAAGACGGGAUGUGUUGCCCUUGUUUUGUGUUUGAACAUCAGUGUUCCUCCACCAGAUGUAAUAAGGGUAUCUCCUUGUGCUCAGAUGCAGUGUUGGAUUGAUCCACAUUCUAUGCCACCUCAAAGAGCCCUUGAAACAAUUGGGAGAACAUUGCUCGAACAAUAUGAGAGGUGGCAACCUAAGGCACGCUACAAGGUCUCCUUGGAUCCUACUAUCGAUGAAGUUAAGAAACUUUGCACAACAUGUCGAAAGUAUGCCAAGUCAGAGCGAGUUCUUUUCCAUUACAAUGGAUAUGGUGUAACCAAACCAUCAGUCAAUAAUGAGAUUUGGCUAUUUAAUAAGAGUUAUACGCAGUAUAUCCCAUUGCCGAUCAGUGACCUGGACUCUUGGUUGAAGACACCUUCAAUCUAUGUGUUUGACUGCUCAGCUGCUGGGGUGAUCGUUAAUGCCUUUAUAGAGCUCCAAAACUUGGCUGCCUCUAAUUCCUCUGGACCUUCUACAAGAGAUUGUAUUCUGCUCGCUGCCUGUGAAGCACAUGAGACGCUUCCUCAGAGUGCUGAGUAUCCUGCUGACAUUUUCACUUCCUGCCUCACAACGCCAAUCAAAAUGGCAUUGAGAUGGUUUUGCACGCGGUCAUUAUUUUGUGAGUCAUUUGAUUAUUCUCUGAUAGAUAGAAUUCCUGGCCGCCAAACAGAUCGAAAGACACCUCUUGGUGAAUUGAAUUGGAUUUUCACUGCAGUAACUGAUACAAUUGCCUGGAAUGUUCUACCACACGAUCUAUUUCAGAGAUUGUUCAGGCAAGACCUAUUAGUUGCUAGUUUGUUCAGAAAUUUUUUACUUGCUGAAAGAAUCAUGCGCUCUGCAAAUUGUUCACCAAUUUCAUACCCAAUGCUACCACCUACUCAUCAGCAUCACAUGUGGGAUGCUUGGGACAUGGCAGCAGAAAUCUGCCUUUUGCAGCUUCCAACUUUGCUUGCUGAUCCAAGUGUUGAAUUUCAGCCUAGCUCAUUCUUCACCGACCAAUUGACAGCUUUUGAGCUUUGGCUUGACUAUGGAUCAGAGAAUAAAAAACCACCAGUGCAGUUGCCCGUUGUGCUACAGGUGUUACUUAGUCAAUCCCACCGGUUUCGAGCACUGGUUCUUCUCGGAAGAUUUCUUGAUAUGGGACCUUGGGCUGUAGAUUUGGCCUUGUCUGUUGGAAUAUUUCCUUGUGUUCUAAAGCUUUUGCAAACCACAACUCCGGAGCUUAGGCAAAUUCUUGUCUUCAUUUGGGCGAAGAUCCUUGCCUUUGAUAAGUCUUGCCAGGUUGACCUUGUUAAGGAUGGUGGACAUGCAUAUUUCAUUAGAUUUCUCAAUAGUGUUGAUGCUUAUCCAGAGCAAAGGGCAAUGGCUGCAUUUGUCUUGGCAGUAAUUGCUGAUGGUCACAGACGGGGUCAGGAGGCGUGUAUUGAAGUGGGGCUUAUUAAUGUCUGCUUGAAGCAUCUUCAGGGAUCAACCUAUAAUGAUGUCCAAACUGAACCAUUGUUUCUUCAAUGGCUGUGCCUUUGUCUGGGAAAGCUCUGGGAGGAUUUCACAGAGGCACAAGUACUAGGUUUGCAGGCAGAUGCACCAGCAAUAUUUGUGCCUUUACUUUCUCAAUCGCAGCCUGAGGUACGAGCUGCAUCUAUAUUUGCACUAGGUACUUUACUUGAUGUUGGGUUUGAUACAUCUAAGGAUGACAUUGGAGAGGAUGAAGACUACGACAAUGAGGAAAAAAUUGGGGCAGAAGUCAUAAUGAAGUGCCUUUUAAGUGUUGUUUCUGAUGCAAGCGCAUUGGUACGAGCUGAGGUUGCUGUUGCCUUGGCACGUUUUGCCUUUGGGCAUAAGGUGCACCUGAAGUCGGUUGUAGCUGCAUAUUUGAAGAGUCAAUCUAAUUCCAUGCCCACUUCCUUGCCUUCUUCUACGGUCAAGAGUUCAGGUAGUGGCUAUACGACGCCAACUUGUUAUGUUCCACAUGGAAGUGUAGUUCCAUCUCCUAAUGCUCCUUUAUUGAGAGUGGGAGGUGACAGUCCGUCUAUCUCUCACGAUGGUAGGGUCUCGACUAGCAGCCCUGUUGCAACACCUGGCUUCAUGCAUGGAUCUCCUUUGUCUGAUGGUUCUUCUCAUCAUUCUGAUUCUGGAAGACUGGGUGAUGCUGCUAGCGAUGGUGUUGUUAAUCAUAUAAGACCCAGACCACUUGACAAUUCACUCUAUACUAAGUCUGUGCAGGCCAUGUGUGCCCUGGCAAAGGAUCCAUCACCUCGUGUUGCAGGUCUUGGCUGUAGAGUGCUUUCAAUUAUUGGGAUUGACCAAGUGUUCGCCAAGUCAGUCAAGUCAACUGUUGAAUCCACAACAUCUCCUGGCCCUAGAUCUGCUGGAUUGAAUCGAUCAUCUUCUUGGUUUGACAUGCGUGGAGGUAGGCGUUUACCUGUGCCUUUUAGGACUCCUCCUGUCAGUCCCCCCCAGUCCAGUUUCUUAACGGGAUUGCGAAGAGUUUAUUCUUUAGACUUCAGGCAUCACCCAAUGAACUCUCAAGACUCAGCGUUAGCUGAUCCCCUCUUGGGUUCUGGUGGAUCUUCUAGAGCUUCAGAACGCAGUUCUAUUCCACAUUCAACCAUUUAUAAUUGGAGCUGUGGCCGUUUCUCAAAGCCACUUCUUACUGCAGCUGAUGAUAAUGAAGAUAUCAUUUCUAGGAGAGAAGAGAAGGAGAAGUUAGCUCUUGACCUCAUCACCAAAUGCCAGCACUGUUACUGCAUAAUCAAAUUGCCAGUUGGGAUACAAAGUUUGAGAGUGGUACCAGAACUGCUUUGCUGCAUCCCUUCUCACCAUUUGUGGUUGCUUCAGAUGAGAGUGAACGGAUCAGUACUGCGGGAAGGGUCGGUUAGUUCAAGUUCUAGGUUAGUCGUUGGAGCUAUGUGUAAUCUGUCAUUUCAACCAACAAAUGCUGCUUUGCUGGGUCUGGAAUUACUAGGAGGCUACCCUUCUUAACAGCUUCGACAAUCAUGGUUACCCUGAUAAAGGAAUUUCAAAGAUUUGCCUCGUGAAUGAGCUUGAUGAGAGUUUGCUCCUUGUUGCUUCAAGUAAAAAUUUGCUACUACAGAUUUUUUUUAUGAGUACUGACGGUGCACAAUCAUUGAUGCGUUAAUUUUUAAC